ACACGGAUGUAGGACAGGAGUUUGCGGGAAGCAGAGGUGGAGUCCAAACUGUAAAAAGGCCCCUCUGUCUGGGCUCUGGUCUGUGAGUCAGCCAGGCACCAGGAGCAGACGUGUUAGACCAGAGCCAUCCGGGCAUCAUACAAGGACUUUAAACCAGAUCCUGCAGACAGGCGGAGGACUUUGACUCAGGCGUCGACAUAUAAGUGGAGAUCACCGACAGAGAGCAUUUCAUCUCAAGCUGUACAGGAGAAAGGCUGACACCAUGGCCAAGUGGAGGACUCUGGGAGUUUUACUCCUAAUACAACAUACUGUGUUCUGCCAGAGCGACAUCAGGUGGUGCACCGUCUCCGACCCUGAGCAGAGGAAAUGUCAGGCCAUGUCUCAGGCUUUCUCAGAGGCCUCCAUUCGACCAUCCCUGAGCUGCGUCCAGGGGAAUACCGUCGAGGGCUGCAUUCAGAAACUGCAGAAUAAAGAAGUGGAUGCCUUGUCCAUGUCCGCUUCUUCCAUCUACACUGCAACCAAGACCGCCUCCAUCAAGAUAGCUGCGAGUGAAUCCAAAGCUGGUGGUGACACAACCACCUACUACGCAGUUGUGGUUGUGAAGAAAAACAACCCUGGCAUCAACGUACACAACCUGGCAGGAAAGAGGAGCUGUCACACCGGGAAAGGCCGAACUGCUGGCUGGAAUAUGCCAAUAGGAUACCUCAUAGACCAGGGCUACAUGUCUGUGAUGGGCUGCAACAUCCCAGAUGGUGUGGCACAUUUCUUCAAUGGGAGCUGUAUCCCUGGAGCUAACAUGCCCGGUGACCCUGCAUCCCUGUGUUCGCUGUGCAAAGGAGACGGCAAAGGAGGCCACAAGUGUGAGACAAACAGCAAUGAGAUGUAUUACAGCUACGACGGAGCGUUCAGGUGUUUGGUUGAAGAUGCGGGACAGGUGGCAUUUAUCAAACACACAAUUGUGGCGGAGAACACCGAUGGUCAGGGCCCAGUCUGGGCACAGGGUCUGAAAUCGACUGACUAUGAACUGCUGUGUCGCGAUGGCACCAGGGCUCCUAUCAAUCAGUGGCAAAGGUGCCACCUGGUUCGAGUCCCAUUCCGUGGCGUGGUGGUUAACAGUGACAUCACUCCCUCUGUGGUCUACAACAUGUUGAAGGAAGGCCAGGAAAAAUCGGGCUUCAACAUGUUCUCAUCUGUGAAUUAUGGCGGGGGAACUGUUCUUUUCUCUGAAUCGACCAUCAAAUUUGAGGGGCAAGUGACAGAAGACCCGCAGAAGUGGAUGGGUGACAGCUAUUAUAACGUGCUGAAAGCCAUGGGCUGUAAAGCUGAAGCGAUUCCCAGUCUUCUGCGAUGGUGUGUGAUGUCCAGUUCUGAGCGGCAGAAGUGUGCUGACAUGGCCACAGCCUUCCAAAGCAAAGGUCUAACCCCCAGCAUCUCCUGUAUCGAUGGUGAAUCUGUGACUGACUGCAUGGAUAAAAUCAAGAACAACCUGGCUGAUGCCGUCACUCUGGAUGGAGGUGACAUCUACACGGCAGGCAAAGACUAUGGCUUAGUCCCCGCUGCUGCCGAGAGCUACACAAGUGACGGUGACGGUUCCAAUUACUAUGCAAUUGCAGUGGUGAAAAAGACUAGCACUGACAUCCGUAACAUUGACGACCUGCGCGGCCGUCAGUCUUGUCACACUGGAUAUGGUCGCACAGCUGGCUGGAACGUUCCCAUCGCUAUGCUGAUGGAGAGAGGCCUGAUCAAACCUCACGAGUGUGAAAUACCUCAAGCGGUGGGAGAUUUCUUCAAGCAGAGCUGUGUUCCUGGAGCCAAUCAGGACGGUUUCCCUGACAACCUGUGUGGUCUGUGUGUGGGAGACACCUCAGGACAGAACAAAUGCCAGAAGGGAAAAGACCUGUAUGAUGGAUAUGAUGGAGCAUUCAGGUGUAUGGCCCGUGGCAAUGGCGAUGUGGCUUUUGUGAAGCAUUCUACUGUCUUUGGAAACACUGAUGGUCAAGCAUCUGGAUCAUGGGCUAAUGGUCUCCAAUCAAAGGAUUUCCAACUCCUCUGUCCCCAUGGAUCCAAAGCAGAGGUCUCACAGUACAAAAGCUGUAACCUGGCCAGAGUUCCUUCUCAUGCUGUUAUGGUACGGCCUGAUACCGACAUCCACGCUGUCUACGGACUCCUGGACCGUGCACAGGAACAUUUCGGCAGUGACACAAACCCUGGCUUCAGGAUGUUCGACUCUCAGGCCUACACAGGCACAGAUCUCAUCUUCAAAGACUCCACUGUUCGCAUGGUGGGGGUUGGCGACAGAAAGUCCUACCAGGAGUGGUUGGGUCAGGGCUACCUGGACUCACUAGUCGACCUGGACUGCAACUCAUCCAGCACCGUUGAGUCAUCUGUGCGGCUGCUGCUGAUGGCCCUGCUCAGCAUCAUUCUGACCACCGUUUGGCUGUGAAGAUAUUGCUGGUCUCCUCUCCUGCAACAUCUUUUUUUCUCUCCCUCCGCUCUCAGACUUGUCUGGGUCUUCCUCUGCUCCUUUCCCUCACAUUAACAUGAAAGUGUAACCAUUGUGAUUGCUGUUCAUUGAGCUCGCAUGUCAUGGCUUCAGUAGUUUAGCCCUGCUUUUUCUACCCGUCUUAAUUUUACAUUAUGAGGAUAGCGUGUUGAAACUGCCGUUGGAUUUUAAACGCUACUGGUGUUAAAGCAAAUGAAGCACAGGGGCCUUUUAUGGCAGAGGUGUGAGCAAGCAAACCGCCAAAGUUUCAGCCUGUGCGAACGUGAAUGUUGCCUCCACUUUAUUUACUGAAGGUGAGCUGCCAUAUCAGUGAAUAUGCUGCCACCUGUUACAUUACUCUAGUGCUUCACUGCUAUUUACUCUAAAAAGCCUGUUUCAUAAAGAAGAGACAGUCAGACUCUUCACCUCAUGGAAGCCACUAAAAAUAUUUCAAGUUUACCUCAAGUUAGAAAAGAUUUCCUCUCUGAUACCUUUCAAACUGUAUUGACCUCACCUGAUAUAACUCCAGGCUCUAGAUCAGCUCUCUGUUGUCGAAGGCUUUAUGUGAGUACAAGGUUGUUGUUCUGCUGCUGCUGCACACUCUGCGAAUCCUGCAGGUAAACAUGGGCUUUUCUUGUCUGAGGCUUUUAUGACGUCACACUAGUGAAAGUGGAUCGAUUGCAUUCACACAGGGCCGUGUUGGGUAUAAGUGACUCAGUGUGUUUCCAUAGGCUGCAUCCGCUUCAUGCGUUCUCCUCAAAUGUUUCAAAUUAAUAUGAUAAUUCAAUCAAAAAUUCAGCAUCACGUUGACAUUUUUUGCUGUGUAUUUGGUCUUAUUUGACACUUUUGAAUUUGAACAACUUUAUGAGCAUGUGGUCCGUUACCCAUGCUUACAAAUGCCUGCUAUGUGAUUUAUUGCUUGUGUUGUUCUCUCAGAUGUAAGUCGCUUUGGAUAAAAGGGUCUGCUAAAGGACAGUAGUAGUAGGUGUAGCAGUAGUAGUAGUAGUAGGUGUAGCAGUAGUGGUAGUAGUAGUACUGGUAGUAGUAGUAGUAGUAGUAGUAGUAGUAGUGGUAGUAGUAUUAGUAGUAGUUGUAGUAUACUUAGUGCUUUCCUUCCAUUUCUCGUACUUUUCACUAAUUUGCUCAGAAACGGAGUGAGUUAAACUGACAGCUUUGUCAGGCUCCGUCCGAUUUGGGGAGAACAUGAAGACCAUGUCCUAUGAUUUAUGUUGAUACUGAAUUGAUUUUUUUCUUGCACAGGUUUGGGUCAAAUAAGUAGUAUAAGAAAUGACGCAACCUUUAAGUAAUUCGUUUAACUUUUUUGACUCAAAAAUGUUCAGAUUAUUGUCGAACCUCAAUUAGAAAACUGACUCAUUUUUGGUUUGGGUAGGCUUUUGCCUCAGUUUCUUUAGUCAUGCAAAAGUUUUAAAAGAACUACCGGUAGUUUAAUUUGGGCCAUAGGUAAUUGUUUUUAUUUUUACAAUUAGCGUUUUACAAUCGAGUCUCUUACUCAAACAAACUCACUCCAGAAAAGCCUCAUCUCAAUUUAGGCUAAUCAAUUCUCUUCUUAUAUUUCCUGCAAUGCUAUAAUGUUGUUUGUUAUUUUAAAAUGUCAACCUGAUGUGUAUUUUCUUAUGAUGAGAGAUUUAUUUUUUAUAUGAAGUUCAGGUGCCAUAUCAGUGCAUAUGUACCGACUCAUGCUGUCAGAGUCUAAUCUUCUCUUCCUUCUAAUAGAGAUUUAUUUCUGUGUGAAAUAACUAUGUGACUAAUAUUUAGUUGCCAGGCCAGUGUGUCUGCAUAAGUAUUACCUCAUAAAGCUACAGUCUAUGCUUGUUCAAACUAAAUAAAUGCAUUCACAGCAAACCUCA